UUGCUGUGAGAACCUACGGAGUACUGAGCUUGACCGGUCACUAUUCAGGAUAAAUACAUCGAUCAAGUAUCUCCUUCAUUAUCGAGACUUCAACAAUCCUUUGUUUCUGCUACCAUACUUUUGUGUUUCCUUCACGAUCUUGUAUCUGCCCAUUUCACACACACGAACAUUCUCACUCACUUACUCACUCCCUGUCUUUCCCUUUCUCUCUCACGUCGGUGCUUGCUUAUCUUGUCGUAUCUUUUGUGGAUUCCCACUACCAUUGCUGUUUCGUUUCCGUGUUCUUGUCGAACACCGAUUGUAUCAUGGGCAACGGAAAGAGAACCAAGGCAGCAAGGAAGGAAAGUGCGGUAAGUCUCCAAGCCUGUAAUACCGCCAAUUGAUUGGCUCCUGCUGAUAGCCUGCGACCCAGAAAAAGCGCCGCUCCCCCAGACAGGCGAAAGAGCAGUCUGUCCCCAGCGCCACGGUUGCAUCUCCAUUCAAGCAACAACCUCCGGACCACAACAACGCCACUGAGCAGAAAGAACGUGAAUACUUUUUCCCUGGACCCCCUUCUGACGAAUGCCUCUGGUUUGGAACCGGCCCUGCCAAGCAAUACAAGCGCUGGGGGCCACUGAACCCCAAGUGGGCAUUCGACCUGAGGAGAGUUCAGAAACUCAGCGGAUCGUGUGGCGUGCCCUGGACGGAUCAUACCAUGGGUGCUUGGAGUAAUAUUGAAAUGGAUGAGAUAAAGAACCAGUUACGCAGCUUCGCGUUCAACUGGACAAUGCAGUAUGCAGUUGGGACGGAGAAUGCAGAGCCCGUCGAAGACUUGAUGUCUGCAGAUCAAAAGCAGGCUAUCCUGGAUGCACUUGAUGGUUACUGCAUCUCCAAGGAAUGGGAUACCUUUCUAGGAUACCUCCCCCAAGAAGUUCACACCUUCCUCCCAUCGUUGUUGACCCAGGCUCUGUUGUCCAAGGAGGCCUUUGACACCAUCUUGGCCAACCCUUUCUUCUUCGUGGAUACAAUGGACAACCAGACGGAUGAGAUCCAAAGCGUGCCCCCACCAUUGGGCUUGGAGCUGUAUAAGACAUGGAAGCAUAUCCGAAAAAUUAAUAUUGUGGGUGCUGAGGAGUGGCGCUGCAAAACCCUUCGAAUGUUCUGCGACGCAAGAGCCAAACGCUGCUACAAUGAGUCUGUGGUUCUGCGGAGCGUUCACCACCGAAAGUCGGCGGCGGAGCUCCUUGCGAAAAAAGUGCUGUCCGAAUCGCACCCAGUGUAUCCGCUGCUAUGUCCUUUGACCGACUCGGAUAAGGCACAAACGCGCCUCGAUAGCUUAGUUAGGCUCUUCGACAGGAUGGCAAUCCUGGCUACUUGGGCGGGGACUGAAGAAAGGGGCCUUCUGCUCACGCCUAUAAACCGACUCCCUGCUCAUGAUGAAGAAGAACCACUGUCUACCUCGCACUGGUUUAGUCGAGUUGCUGAAAAGGAAGUCUGCCUUACCGGCCGCUAUCCUGUUCUCAUGACUAGGCCUGCGGUCCAUAGAUUGUUGAUGACUCCGGAACGCGGUAUCUGGGAAGCCAUGUCGUGUGCAGCCGAAGUUGUGGUCUCCAAGCCUCUUCAGCCCGACGAGAUUACCGGGUUCCAGGAUGACUCGUGCGAGAACUGGGACAUUCCCCCAUAUCCCAAUAUCCUGGAUCUGGCGUAUCCCGGGAGGAUCAGAACGUUCAAAGCUCCCCCAGGCAACAUUAAGUACCCCCCGGAGGAUUGAAUCUGUCGGAUCUUAGGGUCAAGAGUGGGAAAUCGGGAGCAUCUCGGGAUCUAGUUAUCUUUCCCAGAAUACAAUAUUGAUUUUUCUCUC